UUUAGUUUUGUUUGUUUGGCCCGCCAUAUGCGGGCUCUAAUUUGCAUAAUCUGCAUUCCUUGUAGGCUUAAGACCGCACCCAUACCAUGUGUUUGAUUGUCCAAAUUAUUCUAGCGUAUCUCUAUAUAAAUGAAGCGCUUUCUCAGCCUCCCCAUUCAGGUGAACUCACACACACACCGAGUACGUAUAUCCUGCAUCCUUGCGCAAUUCCAACUUGACUUGGUGCUUUUCUGAACUGACUAGGUCUAUACUUGCCUUGCUCUAAAUUAUGUCUACUUCAAGUGACAAUGUUCAAACUGAAAUGUUUGACAAAUUCAAAGAUUAUUUCGACGCUAAGUUCAGCGCGAUUUCCCAGCCAGAAGAUGACUCCACUGCUUUGAAAGAACUGAAACUCAAGUUGGAGGCAAAUGAUCUUUCUAGACCAGGCAACAUCGCUCAGUUUGAGUUUUGUGGACAGUUGGAGAUUCUACUAUUAUACAAAAUUCAAUCCGCUCUAACGACCGAAAAUAACACCGGAGCAGUUUUACAAGCUCUCCAAGAAGGUCUAGACCUCCUCGCCGACAGAAAGCAAACAAUUCGAAUUGCCGACUCCAGCAAGGCUGGCUGGGGAACUAUUUUCCACCUGGACAAAAGAAACGCCGAUAAGUUGUCCGCCGAGCAACACAAGAAGGUUUUGGCCGCCAAAGAAGCCGCCCUGAAGGACAUCGAGACCCGUAAGCGUCGACGAAAUGAAUCUCCGCAACUCCAGCAGAGUGGUUCGAAUUCGAAGCCAGCAUUCGGUCAUCCUGAUCGUUAUCUUUUUCGAGGCAUGUCAUCUUUUGAGUCGUGCUUCUCCUGCGGAAUGUCGGGCCAUUGGUCCAGAAAUUGCCCCUACUCCUUUGGAUCCAACACCUACUCGCGCUUCCGGACCCAGGCAAGAUCCACUCCAGCCGUCCCUUUCACCGGGUACAGACCACCAUUCUCGUCAUGGCACGCCCCAUCUUACCAGAUGCAGAGAGCAUUGCCUCAAGCAAUCCAGCAUGGAACCGCCUCGACAGGGCCAUUUGAUACCGCCAGUACUAGCAACGCCUCAACAUUGCCCAAGGCACAGUAGAGACAAUGUUUGCAAGAAGUUUGAUGACGUUCUUAAGGUACAUUGUUUCCCCCAAAUGGCACCCUUACAGUCUGAUAAUUUACCAGUCAAAGGGAGAUUAAAACAACAUGUUCAAUUCUGGCGUGAUAUCGGUUCCCCUGACAUGAUUUUGUCUAUCAUCGAGUAUGGUUAUGUAAUCCCUUUCAUAGAGGAACCCCCUCCGAUGUUUCUCCGGAAUAAUAAGUCGGCCUUACGCGAGGCCAAAUUUGUAACAAAUUCCAUUUUAGAUUUGCUGGCUUCAUCUCGAAUUUCAGAAAAGUCUCACCCUUCCUAUGUAACCAGCCCCUUAUCUGUCGCAUGUUCGGCUUCCAAGAAAAAUAGACUUAUUCUUGAUCUUAGUGCCCUCAACAAAUUCAUACCAAAAAGGCACUUAAAAUUAGAUGAUUGGAAGUCGGCUAUUCAAUUUCUCUCGGCUAAUGCUCUCACGAUAUCUUUUGACUUGAAAUCGGGUUAUCAUCAUUUCGACAUCGCCCCUGCUUCUCAACGUUAUUUAGGAUUUUCUUGGCGCAUUUGAACGGGGUGGACAGAUAUUUCGAAUUUACUGUCUUGCCCUUCGGGCUCACAUCUGCCCCUUACAUAUUCACCAAAGCUCUUAAGGCAUUAGUCACUCAUUGGAGGUCAUGCGGAAUUUUAAUAGCUCUCUACUUAAAUUGUGGAACGAUACAGAAUCAGUACAAAGUUCCACUUGGCGCGAGCUUGAUGUUCGUUUUGCUCUGUUGUCCUUUUUACCUUUGAUUCAUGCCUCCGAGUUGAAAUUACUUACCGAUAGUCAGUGUGCAGCAAAUAUUAUCGAAUCCGGGCAUGAAACCAAAUCUAAACUAUAAUGCCGUUGAUAAUUUCAAUAUUUGUCUCCGUAAUUCAAUUCGCAUUGACGUUGAGUGGAUACCCA